CGCUGCUGUUUGUAGCAACAUGGAAAAACCUGUGGCCCAGGUAAAACAGGAAGAGGGACGCUGUGUCGAUGACCACAACCAAAAUGGCAUAAGUGAAGAGCAGCACGUAAAGCACGAGUUAAGCUUGAACCUAGAGAUGCCCCCACUUAAGGGAACUGGUGGUUUGUUUGCCGACCAAACGCCUACACCAACUCGCCUGAUCGGCAAAUGUGAAGAGGUUGGGCUGUUCGAGGAUCUUCAGAAAGUGAACCCUUUCGAUGAAACGUUCCGACGGGCCGUUGAAUCGCGAGCCUCCGUUGGCACUCCGUCGACCGAACAGCCGCCUUCCGCUGGCGAACUCACGAUACCGAGCCGAACCGCGGACGGCGAAACCCUUCAUACUCCGCAUGUUUUCCCCGGCACGGGUGAAGCAAUGGACAACACCGAUGGAGGGGUCAAGCAACGGUGCAAAAGAAAAAUAAAUCAACCACAGCGCACCAAAGUGCCACCAGACGGCAAGAAAUCUUCCACGAAACGCGUGGUAGAUAUUCUCCCGAAACUGCCUUUAUGUCAGCCAUCAGUAUCAACCUGUGCUACGAUUCCCGUGCUAGUCAUGCCUCCCGUUGUAGUACCCAAAAUACUAGCCCCAGUUUCCAUUGGGCAGCCCAUCGGUUGGGGUCCCCUGCAGGUGAAAGAAAAGUUGAAGAAACACCUACAAAAACCGCGUGAACCGUCGCAGGAAAUGGACAAAACUGAGGGAAAAAGAAUCCGUCCGUCUAGUGACAAAGAAAUCGCAAAAAGCUCGAGCAAGCCGGUGAAUUAUUCUAAUGACAAUAAGGACUCACGUAGUGAAGAUACAGAUAAGCACGAACGGUGGAAAGCUGCGGCCAAACGCUACAGGACCCGUGUGAAGGAAAGUCAAGACAAGCAGCAUCGGCACAAUAUUGAACUUGAGGCAGAAAUUUUGCGGCUCAGGACCGAACUUGUCGCACUGAAGCAUGCUCAUCGUCAUUGCUCCGUAACGCGAGAAAUGAAGUUUGCGGUGUCACAAACACAAGCCUCGCUACAAAAUAGCAGCGGAGCAUGGGAAUCGGACGGGGCGCCAACUAAAGUAGUUGCCGGUAGUACGAGCAUGAAGACAAUCCACCGAUCUUCAAACUCCGAUCAACAACAAUCAGUUGCGUUGUCCGAGCCACAAGUGCGCCUGAUCACAUCGCGCAUUAUAGACAGUCACACGAUGAACAAAAAACCUAUCUUCUUUGUGAUUGGCCCGGGAGUAGAGCCCACGUCCCCGGGCUGUGCGGUCGCCGAAGGUUCGCCCUCUGAUCAGUCUGCAUGUGCUAAGGAUUAAGUUAGUUCACCAUUUGCCUUCAGCAUUCGUUGAUUUCCGAGCCAUUCAACGAUCUGAUAACUGUUC